AUGUGGAAAGCACUCACCCCACAAGUUUUGGCUGCUACCAGGACCCGUGCCCCUCAAUUGCACCAACUUGGAGUCGUGGGGCUAUAUGGAGUUCGCCGGUUGGCCGAAGUGCCGAAGUUAAGGGACAAUUCGGAGGAUUCUGAUGUCCGCAAGAUCAAAGAUGAGAGUUCUGUCAAUGAUGUGGAGAACUCCGCAGAACUCACGGGCGUGAUGGACUACGAGAAGCAGAAGGAGGUGCUUAUGUUUGUAGAUCGUAUAUAUCCCAGAUGGCUUGCUAAACUCAGCUAUAGCCAUCUAUGGGGUUGGUUUUUCAAGCCCUUGAGUCUUACUAGUGACGAUGAAAGCGUGAAGAAAAAUUUGGUGGAUUUAAUUAACAACAACCUGCACCGUUUGCCGCCCGGCGCCGAAUGUGAACGUUUUGUGGCCUUGCGUCGUGAUGGUGGUGCAUUCAUUAAGUUUCUUGUUCCACCAGGAUCUAACCCCAAAUCCUUGGUAGCCGCAAUCGAGAAAAACCUUUUACAGGGCCAGAGAGCCGAUUGGCGCUCCAACAUCAAGGGCUUCUUACUACCUGCUCCAAAGGCGCUGCUUGUCAAGGGAACGCCUUGGAUCGAGGACUUGAGCCGGUUUCCUUCUUCCCAGUUGAAGGUCAUAUUUGAAGGAGAGGCCCUCACUGAAGAGGAGUUGUAUUCCUUGUUCCGUAGAUAUGGAUUGAUUGUGGAUAUUUCACCUUAUUCGAGCUCCACUGGAUUUGCUAGAGUGACUUUCAAGUCCACUGAUGCAUGUAUCAGAGCAAAGAACUGUAUUACUGGUAUGACUCUCAACGGGAAAAAGACAACUUUGCAUUUGCAAUAUAUUCCCAUGGAAAGAGUCAAUCAUAUCACCUCAUUUAUCUCAAGUCAUCAGAGAAUUGCAAUCCCCGUGAUUUUAGCACUCUUGGCUACUCUCGCUGUUCUUAUUUUCGAGCCUAUCAGAGAGCACUUCAUCGAGGCAAAGAUUAAAAAGUGGCUGACCUUGAAAAAUAAUUGGCUUGUUCGUAUUCUCUAUACACCAUACAAGUGGGUAGUGUCUGGAAUUAGUGAUGGCAGACACUUCCUCGAUGAUUCUUUAACAACUAUUACUGGCACUAAAAAAGGCUCGAUUGAGGUCGAUGAGAUCGAUUCAGAUAUGAUUUGGACCGAGCGUUCUGAAAGAGCCAAUGAAGUCCGCUUCCUUUUGUCAGAGAAUGCUAAUACGUUCAUCAUCAUUAAGGGCCCCAAAGGAUCUGCAGAAAGAGAGUUUGUCAUGGACCACGUCUUGUCUUCGGAUCAUUUGAGCAAUGACAUAUUGGAGAUAGACUGUGCGCUGCUCAUAAAGGCAAGGAGUGACAAUGCAUUCUUGAAGACCGCAGCAGGACAACUCGGCUACUUCCCAUUAUUCACAUGGACCAAUUCCGUUUCUCAGUUUGUAGAUUUGGGUUUGCAAGGUCUCACUGGUCAGAAAUCAGGACUCAGUGAGUCAAAGGAGACUCAGUAUAAGAAUAUGCUUUCUUUGAGUCAAGCUGCAAUCAGGAAAGUUUCUUUGUCUGGUUUUGACAGCUACAAAUGCGAAUUUGAGCACAAGCAACAGAAGAAAUUGGCGGAGAAUGGUAACUCCUCGGACUCAGAAUACAAGGUGCUUGAAAUGAAAGAAGAUGAUUAUUUGCAACAGCAUCCAGAAGUGAAACCAGUCGUGGUCAUCAACAACUUCAUGAGAAAAACUGACAGUGCUCAUGAUUUUGUCUUCAAAGAACUUGCCGACUGGGCCGGACAAUUGAUUCAAAAUAACCUUGCUCAUGUCAUUUUUAUCACGCUGGACUCUGGAAGCAGUGUUCAUCUCACCGCAGCACUUCCAAAUCAAGUUUUCAAGACAAUUUCAUUGGAUGAUGCAUCCCCCAAAAGUGCUAGACAAUAUGUCGACAAGCAAUUGAAGAAUAAGUAUGGGGACAGUAUUGAUACGUGUCUUGAACCUUUGGGUGGUAGAAUGCUCGAUUUACAGGCAUUUGUCAGACGUGUCAAGUCAGGAGAAGAGCCAGAAAAUGCCUUGAAAGAAAUGGUGCGUCAAGCUUCUGAGCAGCUCUCUACCUUUUUCUUGAAUGUUGGUGUUGCAGACAAUGACACUCCAUGGGACACAGCUCAGCUCUGGAAGUUGAUAAGACUCCUCGCUGAGAAGGAAUCCAUUGAAGUUAAUGAAUUGGUGAAGAACCCAUUGUUUGUGCUUAGUCAUGACACUCUCUCGACUCUUGCCGUUUUGGAAAAGAAUGAUAUCAUCCUGUUGAAGCGUGAUAAGGGCAUUGUUAAGUCUAUAUCAACCGGUCGUCCGCUUUUCAAAGCGGCUUUCCAAGAUCUUGUUGAGGACCAGAAAAUAUUCCAGAUAUAUGAAGCCCUUAUGUUUAACAGACUCAUCGCAUUGGAAAAUGCAAAAAUAUUGAAGAUGGAAGAUCAAUUCUCUAAACUUGCGUCUAAGAGCGACUCCCAAUACGUGAAGGAGCGCCUCGAAUAUAUCUCAGGCAAAUUGAAAGCAUCAACGCAAAAGGUUCAGGAAUAUGAGCAGACGGUUAAGGAGCUUACGAGUGGUAAAGGGUCAUCAAAGUCAUCAUUUUUUGGCUUUUAA